AUGAGGCAGGCGGUGCAAGCAAUGGAAGCAAUGCAUGUUUCUAGAGGCAGAAUAGUGAGAGAAGUGAUUUCAAGACGAUGUUUCUCAGGCAGUGCGAUUCGGAGCAUCGGAGACGAGUUUAAAGGGCAACCGGCAGAGCCAGAGAAGCAGGAUGAGGAAGGCAGCAAGAAGGAAGACGAAAAAUACGAAAGGACAAAAAAAAUUGCAAGAAAGGAAGAGUUGAAAAAUUCAAAAAGCAAGGAUACAGAAUUGAUGGAAAGACUAAGAGGACAGAAAAAUAUUCUCGAGCAGGUGAGCGGGAUGACGGUUAAGGAGUUCGAGGCUGUGCUGAAUUCAACGCCGCGGCCGACAUUGGGCAGGGACGAGGCGGUGCUGCGCAAAUUCCGCGAGUUGCUCAAAGCGUACGUGCGCAGGGACAGUGUGCGCAGGGAGUUCAAGUCGUCUUCGGCGCUCUUGGCGCAGUUCCCGAACUUGGCGCCCACCGGCAAGGCGGAGCCGUACUCUGCGGCGGAGUUGGCCGUGCGCCAGCGCCACCAUGCGGCGCUCAUGGGCAAUCUCGGCAGCGUCGUGCGCAGCGUCUACAAGCCGCACAUGUUGAUAAGCAACCCGCCCAAGCCUGCGCGGGUGUCUCUUGAGAAGAUGUUGGCCUGCGGCGUUCACUUGGGCCACUCGGUUGCGCUCUGGAACCGCAAGACACAGCCGUUUUUGUAUGGCGAGUACGGCGGGAUUCACAUCAUCGACUUGAACCAGACGCUAGCGCACCUGAAGCGCGCAGCGGCUGCGGUGCGCGGGGUUGCGCAGAACGGCGGGCUCGUGUUGUUUCUCGGAUUAAAAGAGGGCCAGAUGCGCGCAGUCAGAGAGGCCGCGCGCAGGUGCAAUGGCUACUUUGUGAUUCACAAGUGGACGCCCGGAACAAUCACCAAUGCUCUAGAGAACCCGAAGCCGCGCCUUGAGGUCGAUAUGGCCGACAUCCCGACAAAGCGCCAGCUUUCGGCAGACGAGGGUGCGCUAAAUAUCAAGCCUGAUCUUAUAGUGAUGCUCAACCCACUGGAGUCGCAGGUGGCGGUGAAGGAAGCAAAUCAGGCAAGAAUUCCGACCGUCGGAAUUGUGGACACGAACUGUGACCCUGGAAUUGUGACAUACCCGAUUCCUGCGAACGACGACUCGGUGCGCUCGACCAACUUGAUUUGUGGCGUGUUGGGGCGCGCAGGGGAGGCUGGUUACAAGAGGCGCUUGAGCGCCGUGCAUGCGUACAAGAGUGCCUUGGGAAUUCCGCUGGAGGAGCCCGUUGACGGCGACGGCGCUGCGGAGGCCGCGCAGGGUGCAGGCGCCGCCAGGUAG